GUGCUCACACUCCCACUGCUUGUGACACUCACCCACACACUCACACACACCCGGUUACUCACACUAACUGCACUUUUUCAAUGUUCUUUAGAGCUCCGGAAGAAUUCAUAGUGUUCACAGCCUGAGAGAGUCUUGACAGAAAUGUUGGCAUCAACCACAGAGCGAGCUGGCGUGACAGGAACCUCUGGUCUGGGCUCUGCAGCCAGUAAUGUCUCAACCUUCCUGGACUCUGAGUUUCGUUACCUCCUCUUCCCAGUUUUCUAUGGCAUCAUCUUCAUCCUGGGUGUCUGUGCUAACCUCUACGUGCUGUUUGUCCUGCGCUGCCUCCGCGAAGUUAGGGCCAUUGGUGAAAUCCGCAUCUACAUGACCAACUUGACCAUUGCCGAUCUCCUUUUCGUGUUGGCCCUUCCCUUCUGGAUUGGCUACUAUAGUCGUCACGGUAACUGGGUCUACACAGACUUCAUGUGCCGGCUGACGGGGUCGUUAUUCUUCAUCAACACCUACUGUUCCAUCUUCUUCCUCGGAGCCAUCAGUGUCAACAGGUACUGGGCGAUCACCCGACCUCUGGAAGCGGCCUCUUCUGACCACAAGCGUCGUGGGAUCAUUGUGUGCGUCGUCAUCUGGGUGUUGACCAUACUGAUGGCUAUUCCUUCUCUGGCAUCUCCAGGGACCAACACUGACGAGAACAACGUCACUCGCUGCUUCGAGGGCUACCAGAAUAAUACUGAUAUCCAUAAGAGAAUAGUGGCUGCCACACAUUUCACAAUAAUUGGAAUGUUUUUUGUUGUCUUUUUUCUUGUGGUGGUGUGCAAUUUCCUUAUUGCUCAUGCGUUGCUUUCUCAAAAUCCUCCCCGGUCAGAAAUCAGAUCUGCCACAAUCACGUCCAGAAAGUCAAAAAGGCCCAAAGGGGUCAAACGCAGGGCUCUCCAGAUGCUGCUGGCAGUGGUUGGGGUGUUCGCUCUGUGCUUCCUGCCCCACCAUGUCAUCCAAGGCCCAUGGGUACUGGCAGUGCUGCAGAUCAAACAGGGCUGGGGCCACGUGGCCUGGGACCUGAACACUGUUCAGGCGCUCAACGACGCUCAUCAGAUCACCUUGCUCCUCAUGGGCCUCAACUGCAUUUUGGAUCCCGUAGUUUACUUUUUCGCCACAAGGAAGUUUAGAAGGCUCAUUGUGGCCCAAAUUAAAAGAAUCGGAAAGGGAGAAGGAUGUUCACAAACGCCCACGUCUCAGAUCUCUAUGGACAGCAGGAAUCCAAGCCAGAGACCUCAGAGUGAGCACAGACAACCCGGGAUGGACUGAUUCAAACAUUUAUAAUAUUUGUGUAGAAAUGUAUAUAUUAAUUACUUGGUGUGACUGUGGCUCAGAGCAGGACCCCUGGUCGCAGGUGGUGUGAACCCUGGCUCGUCUAGUCAGCAUGUUAAAGUGUCUUUUGUAUCCUCGGACACAACACUUCAAAGAUGCAGUGAGUGCAGAGACACACACCCGCACCGACACACACACACAAAUUCACCGCACUCUUAGAAUGUGGUUUAGUCUAAAACAGGGAUGGGCAACUUUGAUGAUAGAGAGGGCCACAAAAAUGUUAUCUUCACUACCAGAGGGCCAGAUUGUGACCAUGCAUAUCCACCAGCAGGAUACUGUAACCCCAUCAUUCUAUCAGCCAAUUACAGCUACUAAAUGAAUGAAAACAACAAAAUAUAUAUUGGUUAUCAAAGUUUAUUUCACUAACAUCUCUAUUUUUCAUAGUCAAACGCAUUUAGUAAUGUUUCUAUUUAGGAUCGGAUUCGUGUAUAGGGAGCAGAGGGGGAUUGACUCGAUCAUGUGUCACAGGGUGGCCCCAAAACUCACGAGUGGGGUUUACACACUGCACAGCACUCGACUGGCAGACUCUCUUGGUCCAAUUUCCAGUUUUUGGUCGCCUCUUCGGCGUGUGUUGCUGGCAUGGCUGGCAAGACCAGACAAGACCGAAGUUGUUAGGUAACAAGCCUAACUGAAUUUCGAGGGAGCGCCUUAUUUUGAAAAUGAACUCCUGGCGCCGCCCCUUAGAGCUUCGGAAGAAUUCAUAGUGUUCACAGUCUGAGAGAUAUCAGAGGAGAAGAAGGAGUCCUGGUAAGCUGACAGUCAGUUAUUUGCUCUAUUGAUCUCUUUCUAUUUAAAAAGAGAAAAAAAGGCUGAUAUAGUGAAUAAACCACGUUUAAAUAGAAGAAGAAGCAGGCUGGAAAUGUCUGAAGAUUUGCCACAGAGUUAAAACAUUAUGCAUUCUAUGUUUUUUCUUCAAUAUCACUGCAAAACAGAUUUUAUUUGACUUGUUUGACAAAUGUAAAUAUUUUGGAAUAUGAUGUCGAAGUUCUUCUUUGACCAAAACCACUAUCUUUUCCUGCCUUAAACUGACCACAGAGAAAAACUCGGGUGAGUUACAAUAUGUAGGGGAGUCUUUGUUAAAAUGAAGACAUUUAUAUUUGAAUAUUUGAUUUGUGCCACAAAAACGAAAGUCAAAAUAAUUCCUCCUUUUCAGUAAACCUAACUGCGUGAAUACUACCUGGUUUCGCUUUGUUGUUCUUCAUCGUGAGUUCAAGUGUCAACAUGCCUAUUUUGAAUGAUUUCUUUCUCUUGAAUAUUGGGAUAGGGUUUGGCAAUAGUGAAUGUGUACACUGACUAAUGCAGAAAGGAUAAGGAAAGUGCUUCCAUCUUUGAGGCUGCCUCCCUUCUUGAAUUUCCUCAUCACAUGCAGUGGUGUCUACUAAUGUUGCCAGUAAACGGGAAAGCCUAUUUAGAGACAGACUUUUUGUUUGAUUGCAUAAUAACACAUUCACAGAGAAAAUACAUUUACAUUUUCAUAACUGUUGAAAAACAUUCAAAAUACUGUAAAGUUGGACUGUGUUUUGAAACUCAGAUGUAAUAAAAAUUGGGCAACUUUUUAGAUUGUAGCCCGCAAUGGUUAUGCUUUUUAAAUUGCUCACAUGAGUCCCAUGAAAGCUGUAUCUACAGUACCUCUUUCAGUAUCAACCUCCGGACUGAGAUGAAUCACCUAAGCUCUAUAUCUUUAUGAUGUUGACCUUGACGGUGAAUCUUAAUGUUCACAGGUUCCUCUCAGUAAUUGGAUUUCUCAAAUGCUUUGUGUUGCAUUCUCUUCCCAGAAGAAAUAAUGUGGAUCGAAUUGAGAAGAAAUCUGCAUCAGUGAAUAAAAGCUGCCAUUCUUAAUAAACAUUUCAAAGAUCCACACUUAA